UUACAGGCUUCCCCGCCCUAACGUAAGUUGCACCGGGCUGAGUAAAAUAAACCUAGAAUUAUCUUUAUUUUUAUACAGAGAUGUAUCACCUAUGACACAUAAGUUUGUGUAAUAUUUUGUAAUGAUUUCUUUUAAUUCAUCUCAACGUAAAUACUAGAUCGAUAAUAAGUUGCUUGGUCCAGCCAUAGAGCGUAAACAUGAAACAUAAUGCGCAAAUAUAGUGUAUGUUAGAUAUAUACAUCAUUCAUACCAAGCACUCUUGCCUGUCGUAAUGUCGGGGAGUGAUAGCCCUACAUUUUUUCACGGUCAACCGUGGUCCAACUGGAUCGACAAAAUUGGACGGGAUAAACCACUAAGUGAUGAUGAACCUGAAGAUGAACCAGCGAGUUCAGUCACACGACUUUCGGUGGAAGAUAUUGAUUUAUAUGGUUUCUGUCCAGAAAGAGAUACUUUUUAUGGAGUGGUUUGUGAAAUAUGCAACGCGAUAGUCAAACCGCAAGCCUUAAUUCAGCAUAUGGAAACGCGACAUCCAUCAGGCAUGGUGAAUCUUCCUCCUCCUACGACUCCAGUUACUAAGUCUCCCAUUAAAACGCCCUAUUGCAAAUUAUCCAAACUCAAAAAAAGUCUAUCGUCACCUCAGGUUCAAAUCAAUCACUCCUCCAUAAAGAGAACAGUAGAUCAAGUGAGUCUACAAUCAUCUAUAUGUCUGUCUGCUCCACAAUCUCCUUUGGAAUCAUUGCCUGUACAGUCUUCAUUUUGUGGGACGAUCGCAUCGUCGAGUCCCAGCAAAAGUCCAAGUACAAGCGGACAACCAAGGCGGAAAAGACUUAAACCAGAUCGUUCACUACUCAAAGACAGGGAAUAUGAUCCAGACAAGCAUUGCGGUGUAUGGAAUGACGAAACAGGAAAACCAUGCACCCGGUCUCUUACCUGCAAGGCACACACGGUUUCGCUGCGUCGAACUGUCAGUGGGAGAAGCAAAACAUUCGACAAACUCCUCGCAGAGCAUCGAGCUGCGAAGGAGCUCCCGACGCGGCCGACAAAAGUGACUGUCAUUGGAACGGUGACGGUAUCCUCUGAUGCAUCUAACCUUAGUUCCUUAGCUCCCAAUACCCCUAUUUCCGUGACUGAGCCAGAAGCCCCUAGUUCACCGCCUGUUUUAUCGCUGCCAGACACAUACCCACUGCCUCAGACUAAACUUGAGGAGGAUUUUGCAAACGAAGAGUUAAGAUUGGAGCCAACAUUAGCUAACUCUACAAACAUUACGAAUUCUAUUAUGACACCAUUAUCUGUUAUUCUACCGUCUCUAUCGCCGAAACCUACAAACAACGAAGAUUCUUCAGUAUCUAUGUUAAUUCCUGUUGUCCAUUCUCCAAAAGUUACGGUUGGAACAGCUCCACUACUAACAACUCAACAGAUUGUUUCAGUGGCUCUUGAUAAUGAGACACCAGUGGAUGUUGAUCCUACAAAUGCACCUGAAUAUUCACCUGUUUCUGUGUUCAAUGAUAAGUCUCAACUUCUGUUGCAAUUACCCCGGACAAGUAGCUUAAUUCAGCCAUCAGUCUCUAUGAGCUAUCAGACUCAAGCAUCAAUGCCUAUUUUGAAUAUUUUUGAAUCGUCGGAUCAUAUAAAUUUGCAACGCAAUCAAAUCAUCAAUGGAACGAACGUGCAUAAUAGUACCAGUUUCACCAAUCCUAUUAGUCGGCAGAUGAAAAGAAACAAACACGAUUUUGCUCAAGAAUUUUCAACAACUAUACAAGUCGAAGCAACAACUACGUCUACACCCUAUCCACAUUUUGAUGACAUUUCUUGGUCGAAUUGUCAUCCGGAACCAUUAGCAGUUAGCCGAUGGCUGCGCAUAACAUCUAGCCGUAAGCAGUACAAUUUCAAUAUUCACUGACAUAAGAUCCUUCCCACUCCAGGCUGAGGACAGUUUGCCACGAAUAUUAUCUACCUCUCUUGUUAUUUUCGUUGCUAUUGCGUCUCAAGCCUGACGAAAAGGGUUUUUGUUACACAGUGUAUAUUCCAAUUUUUAAAUUAAACUGAUUAAAUACUCUUUCGUAUGACUUCCAAAUACAUUCAUAUAGAGAUUAGGGCUGUGCAAUUUUGUUCUUCAAUAAUAUUCAUAGGUUUUUUUAAAGGUCCAAAGAUAGAAAUUUAGGAAUUACUAAGGCAGUAGAACUUUGUUUUAAAAGUUAAUCCAAUGAUUGGAGUCAAUUAAGUUGUCAACGAUUGCAUCUGUAUUAUAUUAGGAGUAAGUAGUUUAAAGUGACAUAACUUUAAUAACACCCUUUCUAGUUUUAGGUUUCUGAAACUACAAUUUAAUGAUACUAUUUCCAAAACAGUUUGCAGUGUUAGACAACUUCUCUUAAUGUAUUAAUGUAUUAUUGAAAAUAGGAAAAGUUUGUAGUUCAUUUUGCAGAAAGUAUGCCAGUGUCUAUGCCUGAAAAUCCUUGUAGAUUCAAUUGUGGCGUCUAUUAUCUUGCUAUAAAAGAAAGCAAAUUCCUGUUUUUAAAUAUACUUAAAUUUAAAUGGGAUUCAAUGAUCCGCUAGGUAUCUAAUUAUAGGGUAACUUACCUUUAACUCCCUGCAUUGUUACGUUCGAAAUUUGUAAUCAUAACUCACUUCAAAAUCUGGUCGUCAGAUAUCCCAGACUUUCAGUUAUCUUCUGUGAUGUUCGAGAAAUAACGACGUAUUACGUUAUAGUGCUCUCUAUAGUUAAAGGAGUUUGCUCGCCCAUUGCAAGAUAAUAGUAGAAAAAAAAGUUCAUAAUUUUGAAUAACGAUGACGGGAAAAAGUACUUCAUGGCGUUUUUUGACAACUAUGUGUGUAAUAAUCUAUACAUACUCGUAUGGAAAAAACUCGUUUAGUCCUCUUUAGAACGAUGGCCCCCGGAGGGCCCACCUCGGUUGCUCUCAUGGCUAAACGAUUAAAAUUUCUAUGCUCAAAGGGUGAAUAUCUUUUUACACUACAAUUGUUAAGGUUUCAUGAGUUCAGACUUAUAAAAAAAUAAAUUUCUACCAAAAAUUCGAUUGCACUCUUUUAAAAUUUGAACACUGAAAAUAUGGAAAUUCCAUAAGGUUCAGAAAAAAUUACGUUUUAUGUAAAUCUUAAACGAUGUGAAAUGGUCUAAAACACCUAAGAAACAAACCUUAUACGCAAGUUAAAACAAUUUUUUUGUAAUGAAUUGUAAAUGUUCACGAUCAAAUUUCUGAGUUCCGUCGUUAAAAAAUGUUUAAUGUUUACACGAAGAAAAAUUGUAAUCGAU